GACAAUGAAAAAGACUGCUUUACGGCAGGCGUGUGUACAUGGAGAGCUGUUGCUAGCUGAAUAGCUAACUGCUUAGUGCUGCAGACUCUUUUUUAAAUUUCCAAACCAAACGAAGUUAAGGCUUCUAACCUGCACAAAUGGAUGUCGGAGAGCUCCUGAACUAUCAGCCUGACAGAGGAGCAAAGCGUCCCAGGGAGGAGGAUGGAGGGUCAGCAGGAGCAGAGGAGGACUUGAGGGGAGGGAAGCAGCAGAAAGGACUGUCUAGGUACCGGGAGGCAGCAGUAGGCAUAGGAAUAGAAGCAGGAAUUGAUAUUAGAGAGAAUGAAGAGCUGACCGGGGACAAGAAGAAGAUCCUGGACAGACUGAUGGACCAGGAUGAAGAAGAACUGGAGGCAGAGCCGGUCGAUGAGAGCUCAGUGAAGAAAAUGAUCUUGACCUUUGAAAAAAGGUCGUACAAAAACCAGGAACUGAGGAUUAAGUUUCCAGACAAUCCAGAGAAGUUCAUGGAGUCAGAGCUGGAUCUGAAUGACAUUAUCCAGGAAAUGCACGUGAUCGCCACGAUGCCAGAUCUGUACCACCUGCUGGUGGAGCUCAACGCUGUCCACUCACUGCUGGGUCUCCUUAGUCAUGAAAACACUGAUGUGGCCAUAGCGGUGGUGGACCUGCUGCAGGAGCUGACAGAUAUCGACACACUCCAUGAGAGUGAGGAGGGUGCUGAGGUGCUCAUAGAUGCUCUGUUGGAAGGUCAGGUGGUGGCCUUGCUGGUGCAGAACAUGGAGCGGCUGGAUGAGCAGGUGAAAGAGGAAGCUGAUGGCAUCUACAACACACUGGCUAUCACAGAAAAUAUGGCCGAGUUCAGACCAGGCCUGUGCACCGAGGCAGCCCAGCAGGGACUUAUGCAGUGGCUGCUCAAGAGAAUCAAGGCAAAGAUGCCGUUUGAUGCUAACAAGCUGUACUGCAGUGAAAUUCUGGCCAUCUUGCUGCAAAACAAUGACAAUACCAGAGAGCUACUGGGUGAGAUGGAUGGCAUUGAUGUGUUACUGCAGCAGCUAUCUGUGUUCAAGCGCCAUAACCCGUCGACAGCUGAAGAACAGGAAAUGAUGGAGAACUUGUUUGACGGUCUAUGUUCUUGCCUCAUGCUUCCCACCAAUCGGGACCGCUUCCUCAGAGGAGAAGGGCUUCAGCUAAUGAAUCUCAUGCUUAGAGAAAAGAAAAUGUCUCGAACCAGUGCUCUGAAGGUCCUGGACCAUGGGAUGAUUGGACCAGAGGGAGCAGAUAACUGCCACAAGUUUGUGGACAUCCUGGGCUUGAGGAACCAUCUUUCCUCUUUUCAUGAAAACCCCCAAAAGAUGAAGAAAACUGGUGCUUCAGAGAAAGAGCAUGAAGAGCACGUCUGCUCCAUCAUCGCUUCCAUGCUGAGAAAUCUCAAGUCCCAACAGAGAAGCAGACUCCUCAACAAGUUCACAGAGAACGACUGUGAGAAGGUUGAUCGACUGAUGGAGUUGCAUUUUAAGUACCUGGAGGCUGUUCAACAGGCUGACAAGAGGAUCGAAGGGGAGAAACAUGAGAUGGUUCGUCAGGGGGAGAUCCUGGAUGACAGCAUGGAGGAUGAGUUCUACCUUCGCCGCCUGGACGCCGGACUAUUUGUCCUUCAGUUGAUCUGUUACAUUAUGGUGGAGAUCAGCAACUCAGGGAUCUCACAGCUGCAGCAGAGAGUCCAUCAGAUUCUCAACCUUAGAGGAGGCUCGGUCAAAGUGGUGCGCCACAUCAUGAGAGAGUACGCUGAGAGCAUUGGAGACGGCAAGAGUGAUGAGUUCAAAGAGGCCGAACGGAAAAGGAUCAUGGACCUUGUUGACAAUUUCUAAUCUCACCGUUUCUCUCUCUCUCUCUCUCUCUCUCUCUCUCUCUCUCUCUCUCUCUCUCUCUCUCUCUCUCUCUCUCUCUCUCUCUCUCUCUCUCUCUCUCUCUCUCACACACACACACACACAUACAUACACACUCAAAUACAAAUGAUUUGUCCUUCCACGUGGGACUGAUAAAGGCACAGAAGCACUGCUAAAACUGAUUGGACUAAAAGCAAUCCUUCCUUAGUGACUUAUUUUUAUGCUUUUGUAAAAAUUUAAUAACACAUUGUACAUUGCAACUUUUACUUUGGGGAAAAGAAAGCAAAAUUCAUAUCAGAGAAACUCGAGAAAUAACUUCAAACUUUCGUUAUUUAAUUGUUAUCGGUCUAAUGAAAACAGUAUGUGUGGAAGCAGAAAACUGUAGCUCGACAGAAGCCCACAGCCAACGUGAGAUGUUUUCGGAGCGACAGCGCUGUUUAUUUUCUGUUCUGUGGUGUUGAACACUGCGGGAUAAUUGUGGACACUUUGCAGAGAUCUGCAAACUCAAUAUCUCUCCCUCGGCUCCCCUACUUUACCUGCUCUGUUUGUUUUGGAUUUAGGUGUAUAAUAUUUUCUAAUAAAACAUUUGGUAAUAAAAUCCUGA